GCUAAGUUCGAGCCGCAAGGGAAGAUCGGUGCCUGUCGGUUCUUACCGAAAUUGUUGUAGCCUUUGAGUCUGUAUAGCGGCGGCGUCUUUGUCGCGCACCUCCUCCUUUUCGUCCUGCUCCUCGUCGAUAUGUCAAUUCGAGAUGUCCAGCACGGCCAAUAACGACCCCUCUAACCUCGAUCUUGAGUACAAGAAUCUCUGUCUCUCGAUAGCCAUCGCUACUACUGCCCUCAAAGGUCAUCGCGUAAGGCAGGCUACCUUCGGCAAGAAACGCCUCGACCCUGUCCUCAAGUCCGUGCAGCAUAUCGCCACCCUUCUGACUACUGGGACGCCCCGCGACACCAAGGCACCGUACAGAGACACUGCGGCGUCUCGUGUGGUUGCAGUGACCGCCAAUGCCGAUCCUAAUUCCAAGACGUGUCGGGUCAUCGUGACUCAGAAUACACAUACGCGCCUCUCCCCCGAGAAGUUAGACGUACAGGCUUUGGAACCUGGACCAGACCAAGUUGAUCGUGACAUUCUCCCCAACUGCUUGUCCCGUCCUCUCGAUAGACAUUAUGCAGAUAUUCUUGCUAUCCUUGACUUCUUUCGCACCGCCGAUGGAGAUCUUUCCGAUGAACGGGUAAUGUUCCACGCAUAUGUGAUCAACCAUGCAUAUCCGAAGAUUGUCGCUCGGAUGCAGGUGGCUGAAUCCCUUUGGGGGUGGCAUCCUAUACGCAUUAUCGGGGAGUACCCCGUAGAAAAGUUGUCGCUCUCCUUUCCUUGGAAACUCUCCCUCUCUGAGAGCGUAAUUUCCUUCCUCUUUCAGCAGCAUGGCAGCCUUCCCGAACGCAGCGGUUCUUAUUACCUUGUCACCAAGAACAAUAUCGCUUCAUGGAUCAGGACCAUUGCUGAAUUGUACGACGCCCUUGAACACACUUUGAUGGAGGAUAACGGGUCCGGAGAGGUUGCAAAACGGCACGUUACCAAGAAUGAUGUGAUGAAUGCGGUUACAUACCUGGGAGUCCUUCAUCAUGUGCUGCGAUCACGGUUCUUUGAUCUAUUACUGGAGGAUCCUGGCCUAUCCAAGGCACUUGAGACAAAGCAGACCCGGAGCCAAAGAGGGAGUUCUCAACUACACAUAUCUCAGCUCAGUGCUGCACUAGCUGCUCAAGAUAUCAAUGAGGAGCAAGGAGAAGAACAGGGGCAAGUUGAAGAAGAUGCUGAUGAUGAAGCCAAUGCAUCUGCUGAACUGGGUGAAUCACCUGGUCAUCACAUCAUCCAAUAUCUCAAAACAAUCACAGCUUGGUAUGAUGCUGUUCAGUUUCUUACCAGGAGGCAAAAUCUUCCCUAUCCACUAGAUGUUCACCUUGUGUCACUGCCCAAACCUGGUAUCAAUGUUGAGGACAUGGAUAGGUGCAUAAGGGUCUUUCAGGAGUCUGUCCUAGUUCAAACUCCAGAAGGGAACAGGACUGCUGUGAUGGCCUUCUUAACUAAAAGAGUAAAGAACUCAGCUGUUUUGUGUAAACCAACUGUGCAUGCAGAGGCAGGCAUGAUGGCUCUUGCUUGUCUCACCUAUUCCAAGGCACUCAAAAGAAAUAUGGACACUGCAUCUUCAUGGUAUGUGGAUCAAGCAAAAGAGGGGAUACUCAAGCAAGCUUUCUCAGUUCACAAUGUGGCCAUUGGUGCAAGUAAAAAAUGCUGCUGGUGCUGUUGGAAAUUAUACACCCACCUUCAAAACUCCAACUUUGAAGGUACUGAUGAAAAUGUAUAUCCUCAAUUCUCAGUACUUGGCAGCCAUUCCACCAUAUUUCCAUGGUAUCUUCCUGAAGCUGGGGUGCCCACUGCAUUUUUGCAGAACCUGCUGCAGGAACUCAUGUCACUUGUGAUCCAGGCUGCUGUAGAUGAAAAGAAUCUUGCAUCUAGGCAAACUUCUGCCAGCAGCUCUGGUGAAUAUGAUGAUGAUGGUUUGACACCAACUGUGAUUUCUCAUGCAUUUACAAAGGUCAAUGAAAUAUGAAGAGAUUGCCUGCUAUUGUAUCUACAGAUCUAUGUAACUUCAGCAGUUUAUAAAUCUUGUCUUGUGCAAUACUGCAUGCUCUGCCAGAUGCAGAAUGAACUGAUUCCUUGAAAAAGAUUCAAUCAUCAAUUUGUUCAACCUAUUGAAUAGUUUUCACUAUAGCAAAACUCUUGCUUAUACACUAUUUGUGAAAUUUCAAUGGCUUUUCUUGAGCAAG